AUGAUACGAGCCAUCAGAGAAAUAAACCAGCGCACACCCAGGGUUCUACCCAACAUCACCCUCGGGUACGACAUCUAUGACACCUGCGGGGACAUCAGCGUGGCCAUCAGUGCGACCCUGCAGCUGCUGCAGGGUCAGUCAGACCCUCAGAGCUGUUUGGUACCUGGACACUCUCAUCCUGCUUUACCUGAAUCCAAAACAAAGGCGGUGAUCGGUGAAAGCCAUUCAGAAGUGUCAAUGGCUGUUGCAAUGGUUGUUGCUCUGUCCUCAGUAACUCAGAUAAGUUAUGGAUCAACGAGCGAGCUCCUCAGCAGGAAGUUGAAGUUCCCCACUUUUCUGCGAACUAUAUCGAGCGAUGAAUAUCAGACAAAGGCCAUAGCCAAGCUGGUGGAGAAGUUUAACUGGAAAACAGUUGCUGUUGUAGGAAGUUAUGAUGCGUACGGGAAGUACGGCAGUGAAAAACUUCUGGACAUCUUCGGCGACAUGGAGGACAUUUGCAUUGAAUUCACUGAAAUCCUGCCCGGUUACUUUUCCAAGAAUGACCACAAAGCCAGCAUGGUGCUGGAUAAGCUGGUGAGCAACAUUAACAAUUCCUCAGCGGAGGCCAUCAUCCUGUUCACAAAAGGUUCCAACGUUAAUGUCAUCAUGAAAGCAGCCAUCAAACACAAGCUCAACAGAACUUGGAUUGCCAGUGAUAGCUGGUCCACUUCUCUACGUAUCACUUCACUCCCCGGGAUUGAAAUGGCUGGACAAGUUUUCGGAUUCAUCUCAAAGAGGAAUGAGGUUCCUGGUUUUAGAGACUACGUCCUCUCAAUGUUCAACGGAACUUCAAAUGCCCUCCUGAAGCAUUACCUGUCACAAUAUCCGCCCUGUCUCAACCAAUCGGAGGUGAACGGAGGAACUAACUGCUCACUUACAAACAGCCAAGGGUCUAAGCAGUGUCUGGAUCUGAGAUGUUUGGCAACAUACAUUGACCAGGAUCGAUCGUACAACAUCUACCUGGCUGUUCAAGUGAUCGUCGAGGGUCUCAAGAACCUGCUGAAGUGUGACAGCCACCGCUGUCAACGUGGCACCAACUUCACAGCUUUGGAGCUUCUUUUGGAAAUCAAGAAAGUCAACUUCACUGUGAACACCACACACAUAGACUUCGACUCCAAUGGCGACCCCAGUUUAGGAUAUGAUAUUGUCUUUUGGGACAUGACUGAGCCACUCAUAAAAACUAUCGGAGAGUACUGGCCAAGCGGAAAAAUUAAAGUCCCGGAUGAUCUUGUUAGAAAAAUGAGGAGUGUGCUGGUAACUGCUUACAACUGCUCUAAAACAUGUGAGACAGGACAGGAGCUGAAAAAUCAAGGCAGGAAAUGCUGCGAUGACUGUGUUCCCUGUGCAGACAAAGAGUUUUCUGCUGGAAAUGGUGACAAGUGUGAACGUUGCCCUGCGACGGAGUACCUCUCUCUAAACAAUACCUGUUUAAAGAUGAAGACUGAGUCCCUGUCGUGGUCAGAUCCCUUCGUCAUUAUUUUGAGUUGUUUGUCAGUUCUGGGGAUUAUCGUCGUCAUCGUGUUUGCUGUUUUGUUUACGAUCUAUCGCAGCACUCCGAUUGUGAAGGCUGUGGGAGGUUACUUAUGUUUCUUGGAGCUGUUUUCCUUGCUGGUCUGCUUCUGUCUGAUAUUUACCGUUAUUGUAAAACCCACCGAUGCCUCCUGCAGACUGGGUCAGCCUUUGUUCGGCAUUUCCUUUUCAAUCUGCGUCUCCUGCAUCCUGGCCAACCUGCUCCAGAUCUUAGUGGGGUUUAACUUUGAUGCAAGAAUAAGCUCGUGGGUGAAAAAGCUCAACAAGCCGGCGCUGAUAGUGAUCGCCAUCUCUGGGAUACAGGUGGCGCUGUGUGUGCCGUGGUUGAUCUACUAUCCCCCCAGUUCUGCUGAAAAGCUUUUAGAUAAGACCAUCCUGUUGCACUGUAACAACGGCUCCCGAGAGUUCUUCAUAGCAAUGCUGAGCUACAGCUUCUCCCUGGCCUUUAUUUGUUUCCUUUUUGCAUAUAAGGGUAAACAGCUGCCGGAUAUUUAUAAAAAUGCAAGUCUGAUCAGCAUCAGUAUGAUGCUGUUUUUGAUCAUCUGGAUCCUCUUCAUCCCCAUUCACAUCUAUUUGUUUGGGAUCUACAAGCAGGCCAUUGAGAGUGCAGACAUUCUCAUUUUCAGCUAUAGCGUCCUCUUCUGUCACUUGGCCCCGAAGUGUUACAUCAUGGUGUUCAGGAAAGAGAUUAAUAAUGAGAGGGCCAUGACUGAGUACAUCAGGAAGCAUUAUGAGCGGAAAGGCAUUCCUGUGGUGAAAUCAUAACUUCACAUGCACAUGGAUGAAUUAAACAAGAGAGCUCGGAAACAAUAAUCCACACAAGCAAGUUUAAAAUGUCAAAUGUAGAUUAAAAUGAAAUAACUCUUAUGACAAAUUAUAUUUUAAA